AUGCCUCAUCAACCAAGAGCUGUCCUGAUCGUUACCGGUGCCUGGCAUGUAUCCGGUCACUAUCAUAAACUUGUUGCGGCAAUUGAGGCGCGCGGUUUCCGCACAAUCUGCGAGACACUCCCGACAAACAACAAUGUAGUGCCGCCAAACACGACACUACAGGACGAUGUCGACUUCAUCCGAUCCAUCGUUGCCAAAGAAACGGCAUCCGGAACUCACUUGACUGUCCUCGCUCACUCCUGGGGUGGCAUGAUCUCCAGCAGUGCCCUUGCCGACUUUGCUGUGCCGCGGGGCUCGACACAGGGUGGUGUCACAGACCUGAUCUUUAUGUGCGCCUUUGUGCCCCGCGAAGGCGAGUCUCUGUAUGGAGUCUCCGGCAAACAGCCCCCUUACCUCGUCGACGAGAAUAACAUCAUGGUGUGUCGUGACCCCUUGAAGCGUUUUUACAACGACCUCGAGCCCGAGGAAGCCGCGUGGGCUGAAUCGUUGCGCGUGGCACAUGGCACGGUAGCGCAGAACACGCCGCUCAGUGUGGAAAAAGUGGCUUGGCGCACUAUCCCAUUGAGCUACAUCUUCUGCGAGAAUGAUGAGGCGGUGCCGCUCUCCUUGCAAAAGAUGAUGGUUGGCCGAGUUGAGAGCGACGGUAUAUCAGUCAAGCAGUACAGCCUCGCCGCCUCGCACAGCCCGUUUCUCAGCAUGCCGGACAAGGUGGCCGAUAUAGUCGAAGAGGUGAUGAACAGGGUGUCUGAGUAG